AUGUCGUCAAGACACUCAGCAGCGCGCCCGAAACGCGCAGGCGAGACGUUCGCGCGAACGCAUCACCACGACGACGACGAAGGCCAUGACUCCAAGAAGCUCAAGUUCGACGUGCGCAACCCCUCAGCCCUGGCCCCCGACGCGCCAGAAGAAGAUGCGAUUCUCGACGCCGACGUCAUCGGUGCCGGUGCCGGCGCCACGAAACGCGGCGCAGUGAACCUGGACGGCUACGACAGCGAUUCAGACAACGAGCGCAACUUCAAGGGUCGCGCGGAGGAGCGGCACCGUGGGAAGAAGGGCGACGUGAACUUUCUGGACCAGCUGGACAAAUACGAUGCUAAAAACGACGGUUCGAAGGGUGGUGACGUGAACGAGGAUGACGAGGACGACGACAUGUUUGCGGCCGAUGAUGACGACGAGCAACAAGGCAAGGCGGCGCAGGAGGCAAUCAAGGGCUCUGGGAAGAAGGACAAAGCCGUGCGCUUCCUCGAGGAUACUCAGAUCGAAGGCCAGGACCUCAAGAGUACAAGCGGUGGCCAAAUUCGCCUAGACGAGCAAGAGAGCAGCGACGACGAGGAGGAUAAAGAACUUGCGAUAGAGGAGGAGGGUAUUGAUGAGGAGGUCGGCCUCGGCGGUCUUAAGCGCAACGCUCCAAAGGUUGAAGCAUUCAACAUGAAGGAAGAGCAGGAGGAGGGCCGAUUUGAUGAAGAUGGCAAUUACAUCAGGAAAGCGGUGGACCCGAAUGCAGUCCACGACAAGUGGCUAGACGGCUUGAGCAAGAAGGACAUGAAGAAGGCAGCUGAGGCGCAUGAGAAGCGCGAGGCCGAGGCACGGAGGUUACGCAUGGAAAACGACGACAUCCUUACGACAGACUUGCUGAAGGCGCUUAUCUUGAGGUUAGAAAGGGGCGAGACGCCGCUGGAGGCGCUGGCGAGGCUGGCCAAGGGGCAGCCGAAGCAGAAGAAGAUACCCAAGUGGAAGUUGAAGAAGAUGAACAAGGGGGCCGACGAGGCGAUGGAUGUGGAUCACGAGAAGGAGUUGACCCCUGAGCAGGCGAAGAGGAAGGAGGACAUUGAGGCCAUCACCGACGCCGCGGAUAAACUCUUAAGUCGAGAUCACGCUGAGAUAUACGACGAGGAGAGGGAAAUGCUCGUCCGAGAGUGGCAGCGAGAAACCGGUGAAGAGUGGCGUGAACCGGCUAAAGAGGAGAGCGCCGAAGAAGGGAGUUCCGCCAAGAUGUGGGAGUUCAGAUGGACGGAUGGACGCGACGGGGCCGAUAAGCAGGGCCCUUUCGACGGCCCUACAAUGAAGGCAUGGCAAGACGCCGGAUAUUUCGGCGAGGGAGUUGAGUUCAGAUCAGUAGGCGAGGAUGGCUGGAGCAGAGUUGCCUCAUUUGUAUAA